AUGCAAAAAUCGAAACCAUAUACGAAACAAAGUUAUACGGGUAAAAUUAAAUUUAUGGUGAAACUUCGAUAUAUAUGCGAGCAGCGCAUUAGACUUAUAGUAUGUCUAAUUCUCUUGCUAUUUAUUUUACUUCAUAUUCUUCAAAAUGGAUUGUUUUUAAUGAAACAUUUUACAGAAGAUGAAAAUCAAAAUAAUAUGAUAAAGCUUGAUAUGAAAACAUGGCAAAGUCUUACGAGUAAUCAAUCUCAUAGAAAAGUUCCUCGAUACAUACAUCAAAUUUGGAUUUCAUCAAGAACUAAUGAAAAAAUUUAUGAUAACUUUCGGAUAGCGGCCAAUGCUUGCAUUGAAUUACAUCCAAAAUAUACUUAUAAAUUAUGGACUGAUAAAGAAAUUUUAGUUUUAUUAAAAACUCAUUAUUCAUGGUUUUUACCGACUUAUGAAAAAUACGGAUAUGAUAUGCAACGAGUCGAUGCUAUGAAAUAUGUAUUACUAUUUCAUUUUGGUGGAAUUUAUAUUGAUCUUGAUAUAAAAUGUAAAAUUCCAGAUUUAAUAACUUCUAUGUUACCUACAGAUAAACGAAAUUUCGAACCCGAUAUUAUAUUUCAUAUGGGUGCAGAAGGUAUUUCAGCAAAUACAGAUAUAAUGGCAGCAAAGCAAUUUCAUCCUUUUUUUAAAUUAGCUAUUAGUCAACUUAAAAAUGCAAAUCGUUGGUUUUAUUUAUAUCAUUUAACUAUUAUUCUUAGCGCUGGCCCUACGUUUCUCUAUGGUAUUUAUCAGCAAUUUCCAUUAAAAGAUAUGUUCUAUUAUGUACCAAAUAAUCUAUUAUAUGGAAAACUAAUCGAAGGUGUUGGCGGAGGAACAUGGUAUGGUUACGAUAGUGAAUUUUUAAUACGACUGAUGGAUAAUAAAAUUUGGUCAAGUUUCCUAAUGUGUGUUUCAAUUAUUAUUUUGUUUUUAGUUUGGAAAGUUUCUCAAAAAAAAUUCUACUAG